GGGGGAGCGGGUGGCGGAGGUGGUCCGGGCCGAGCAGGCCCAGCGGAGGCUGCAGGCGGAGCUGCGCAGGCUGAAGGAGCAGCUGGCCAACGCCGAGCAGCAGAGCCAGGACUACAGGGCGCUGGCGGACAGGCUGAAGGUGGAGGCGGGGGAGAACAGGCAGGCCCAUCUGAGCGCCCAGCAGGAGGGCCUCCGGCUCCAGCAGGGGGCGCAGCAGUGCGAGGGGGAGCUGGCCGGCAGCAGGGAGCUCGUCAGGACCCUGCAGCUGCAGCUGCAGGAGCAGACAGAGUCAGCCCGGGCGUUGAGGGCAGAGCUGGCUCAGGAGCACAGCAGACAGCAGGAGCUGCAGAAACCGAGCCCAGAGCAGCAGAGAGAGAGAGAACAGCCUGGAGAGAGAGAGUGAGGAGCUGAAAGCUAAUCUACACUCCACAGCCAGCCAGCUGAAGGAGAGGGAGAGGCAGGUGGGCGGCCUGCAGGAGCGCGUGGCGGAGCUCCAGAGCGCCACCCUCAGGCUGCAGGAGGAGCUGGCGGCCGGUCAGUCACAGCUGCUCAAGUGCAGGAGGGAGCUGGAGGUCAGCGCGGGCCACGCCCAACGCCGCGGCCAAGAGGCCAGCGCUCUGGAGGACUGUGUCUCCCAGCUGAAGGGGGAGCUGGGGCAGGAGGCCUCAGACCGGGCCGGCGCGGAGCAGCUCCUGAGGGAGCUGAGGCUGGAGCUGGCCUCCGCCCAGGGCUCCCACCGGGAGAGCAUGGAGCUGCUGGCAGAGCGCAGUCGGGAGCUGGCAGGGCUGCGCAGUGAGCUGUCCCGUGUGCAGCAGCGUGGUGCUCAGCAGCUGCAGGAGAGGACGGCCCUGGAGGACCGGGCCAGCCAGCUGAGCGCAGAGCUGCACACGCUGCGCAGCGUCAGCAGACACUCGCAGGACGAGGUGCGGGCGUACGAGGGCCGGCUGGCGGAGCUCAGCGCCCAGCUGACGCGUGCCCAGCGCUGGGGCCAGGAGCAGCUGGCGGCCCUGGAGAGCCGCGAGGAGGAGGCGGUGGGGAUGAAGGUGGAGCUGGCCUCCCUCAGAGAGGGCUACCACAGCAAGGCCAACCAGGUAGAAGCCCUAAACUCACAGCUGGAUAUGCUGAAGCAGAGAUACAGAACAGCAGCCAGUGAGGUGGACGUGCUGAGGCAGUCUCUGGGCACGGCUCGUACAGACAGCACUCGGCUGCAGAAGGAGAGCGAGCUGGUCGUGUCCAACGUCAACCAAUGGGUGAAGGAGCAGAAACAAGCCAAUGAGAAGCUGGGGAACACCAUUAAAGACCAGAGCAAGAAGAUCGUCCACCUCACCGCUGAGAAGGAUCACCUGCAGGGCAGUGUGGAGGCGCUGCACAGGGAGAACAGGAAGCUGAAGGCAGAGCUGGACGACAGCAGGAUCGAUGCUGAGAGACUCAGGGCCCUCAGUGUGGGACAGGGUGUUCAGAGCAGUGGACUCCUCCGGGUGCCUUCCCACCGGCCCGCCCCAGUGCUCAGGUCUGACCAGGUCGUUAGGGGCUCCAUUAACGCACACAGGAAGAAGAAACCACUUGCUGCCAACCUGCACAGCUAAGGCUCAACACAGGGAGCCCCACACCUCUCCAACCUGUAGCCGCACUGCAUUGUGGGACACGUGCGUGGACGAUUCUCCGGUGGAAGCUGUUACAAGGGAACCGUGUGCCACUGCUGCCGCUGACUCACAAUGAUGUUUCUGAAUUAUUAGCUUUUUAUUUUAUUUAUAUUUUGUGCCAAUCCGAAGAUUAUAUUUUUUAAAAGCUGCAGGACAUUUUAACGUGUCGUCAUCUACUCACAACUACUCUCCCUUUGUCCAGUCGGCCACGUCUCUCCACACCGGAUCAUUUCACAAUAUUAAUGCUUCUGCGUGGCAAUUUUCUAGGAUGGAUAUUUAUAUGUAAAAUGCAUUUGAAAAAAAGAAUUCACAUCAAAAUUACUGGUGAAAGUGUGAAACCUGCCCCGCAUUAUCGCAACCGUAUUCUGACAGAGGAGAGGCUAAUUAUGUUCAUGAAUAUAGCAGGUUUUUCUAUAUUUCCAUAUAUAUUUUGUUUUAAAUGUUUGGGAGGGUGGGUCACAUGGUGAGGCCAUUUUAACUGAAAAUCAGCAGAACUCAGACAAUCACUGUAAUUACCAUGGACGCCAGUUCUGCACCUUUUUAAAAAAAUAAAAAAACAGGGUUCGUUUUAGAAAUGUGAUUUACGGUGCUAAUGUAAUCGUGUCAUUUUUUAAAAGCCAUUAAGUGUAGUUUGUGUGCCUUCAUAUAUGACGUAAUAAAUAAAUAAUAUACAAUAAAAUAUUCAAUAAAAUACACAUUUUGAAUUCU